UUUGUUACUUCCACCAACUUCGCACUCCACACAACGGACCACCUUCCGUCCCACUCAUUCCGGACUCUCAAGCUACCCCCCCAUCUCACGACGUAGCUUCUAUUCUGCUGGCCAAUGACAACAGGUAUACUUCAGGAAACAAUGCAAGUCUCCCCACAAGGCGCGGGCGCGCGCUUUCGCCCUUACGCCAGUCCGAACCAUCAUGUCACCAAAGGCAGAUACAUUACAAGCAACGAUCCACGAGGAUACAUACCUGUAUAUGAAUAUCCGUUGAACGGUCAAUGGAUUAUGAUGGAUAUUGACGAUGGAUAUAUCCUGUGGACUGGAAUUUGGAAAGCUCUUGGCCAUUCGAAGGCCGACAUCGUAAAGAUGAUUGACUCCCAGCCGGACCUCGCGCCUCUUAUCAGACGUGUAAGAGGCGGCUACCUCAAGAUACAGGGUACAUGGAUGCCAUACGAGGUUGCCCUAAGGUUGUCGAGAAGAGUCGCUUGGACCAUUAGAGACGAGUUAGUUCCAUUGUUUGGACCCACAUUUCCAAGCACAUGUCUAUCUCCAGAUCAACCGGGUUACGGCCAGGUUGUUGCUGGUCACAACCGACGACGUGCACGGAGGGGAACUCAGACUCCCGUUUACUCUACCACCGUCGAAACCGCAAAGUGGAACGCGGUGAAAGAUACAAGCUCAGAUGAUUCCAGGUCGGACAGUCGGAGACCGCUUCCCGUCUAUUCUCCGUACCCUUCACUGCAGGAGCACCGAUGUGAAUUUAACAUGGAUAUCGAUACAUUUCCACCUACUCUUCCAUGCUCAUCUGGGCGUCGCACAAGUCGGGGACCACCCCCUCGAUAUUCGCCAUACCCACCACCCUCUACACCUUCCGGCCGCGCUUCGCAUCAGCUUGUUCCAUUGGAUUCACUAACUUCACGGAAUUCACGGCCGAUAGAACACAUUGUCCUUCCGCCAAUUCGAACCGAUCAUUCUGCUUCAUCCAAACACUCAUCUCCAUCUCCCUACGCCUUGCCUCCGAUAUCGGCUUUGGAAGACCUCAGAGGUAUAGACGCAAACGAUACCGCCGCUGUCCUACGUCGCCUGCGAUCCGACGAUGAUAGCGAUGAAGCCUCCCACUCCGAGACGGAUCAACACUGGGACAGGAGGCGCCCACCAUCCACACCGACUUCACCAAUUUCUAAUCCGCAGUCCGAGAACCCCUACCGGAAAAGCUCUUACGGUGAUCGUAUGAAGUCCGAGAGACGGGUUCAUCCACGUUAUCCAACCAUCAGUAUACCCUCGUCCGGUGCUUCCCAAUCGAGUACUUCCUCGAACGCCUCUCCCAUUUCCCCCACUACACCCCACUCAAUACCCUCUGGACCGCCUUCUGUAACCCCAUCGGCACCGAUGGACAUGUUUCGGGGUCUACAUAAUUCGGGGUGGUCUUUUGGACACUCGGCAGUCGCACAGGAGCACUUAGCUCUGAAGGCAAAGGAACAUCGGUCCAUGAUGCCUGAUUUUUCUAAUGAGUUGUCGCCACCGAUUCGACCUUGGUGAAAUAUGAUGUCAACUUUAAUUCAAACACUAUCUUUUUUAUAGUUUCAUCAUAAAUGCUUUCGGUUCAGCUUGCAUAAGCUUGUAUACUAUGAUAUAUAUGUAUAUUCAUAUCUUAAUGUUGUACGCACUAUUUGGAUUUCCGUCGUGGUAC